GGGUAACAUCUAGAAGUGACGAGUGAAAAUUCUAUGGUGGCUUAUAAGAAAUUCACACUCCAACAUACAUCGUAUAGACCACAAUAUCUACUCUGUAAAAAGAUAUUUUUUCUGGGUGACUAAUCGAAAAAAAAAAUGCACGUUUCUCAAAUAAAUCGUUCCGCUCAUUGACAUCGGGUUAAGAUUUGGAUCACGGCGCUGACGACAGCUCGAAUGCGCGUGAUGAGAGCGAGUUUGACGGAGCCUAUUGGUUAUCUAUGGUUAGCGAUGAUGGAUGCGUGAUAUGUAAACACAUAGAUAUAGAUGGUAGCCGCUGUAUCCCCUCCGCCUCUCAGUUCGCAGAGCGGGACUGUAACUGAUGCUGAGCCUCCGGUUUACCAGAUACCCAGUACCAGAAUUUAUACACACUGUAAAUAAGUGUUUCUUUAUGCGUUCCUGACAUGGCGACUAUUGCUAGAUUGUGACAUGGCAAAAUGGAAGUGAUAGUUGUGGUGGUUUUCUUUGUUCUACUACAAACUGAAGUAACCAACGCGGAAUGUGAGGGGUGUACAUACGGAUGUUGUAGGACAGACCGAGGGGACGAGGAAUGCUGUACGGCCAUAGUCCCCGUGUUCGGUGUCAUCGCUGCUGUGAUGUCAUGUGGUGUCGUCAUAGCUAUUGUCGCCAUCGUCUGCUGCUGUCGACGUCAACGACCGGACGUCUCCAAGAAAGGGUCACAACCGUCUCCUGACGGACCAGCGUCCAGGACAGCACUAGGUACAGCCAGCCAGAGGUACCCCCUGAUGCCCCUCAGAGACUGUGAUGGUAGAGUUACCCACUCUUCACCAUGGACAGACAUCGAGGGUCGCGACAGCUGGUCCAUGGGGAUAGCUCCAGGACACACCCUCGUCCCCACACCCACGGGGUCAACGUACAGCAUCAGAACUAGCACAGUAGUCGACUUACCCUCCUAUCAACAAAACUUCUCCGUCUUCUAAACUCUUCUACAACUGGUUUUAACCUAGCCCGAUUUUUCUCUGGCCCUGACACCAUAUGUACACCAGACAUGGUGUCAGGACCAGAGGAAACUCGGGCUACACCAGACAUGGUGUCAGGACCAGAGGAAACUCGGG